GCACCUAAUGAGCAAAUACAUGUCUUUUUAUGUGCAAAUAAAAUGAAACAGAAAAGAGAGAAACAAAUUAAGAACUUGGGCAAUUUCGGAAAUUCACACUUUCUUGCGCAUUGAUCUUGAAUUUACACAUGUUUCCGACUUCUCCUCCCCUGAACAAUACUCCUAUAGUAUAUGAUAUGGUACAACGCAGAUUGCAACUCAGUUUGCCGAUUGUGGAGCUGAGCCUCUCCAAUCAGGCUAGUAAUAUAACAUUAAUUAUUGAUUUCUUUUGAUUAAAAAAAAUUUAUGCGAAGUGCGUGUACGUAUAUUUUGUUAAAAUGUAUAAUAUUUUUAAAAUCUUCAUCAUAAGAAAACCAUCUGAUUAAUUUCAAAAAUUUAAUAAUAAACGAUAAAGAAUUAAUCAUUUGCGAGAGAAGGUUCGAUUACUUGAGAGAGUUCUUGGGAAUUGCAAGGGAGCGGAGCUUUCGGUCAACCCGAUGAGUGAUGAAUGAGCCCUUUGCCGCAUAAAAGAAAGAUUGAUGAUUGCCUUUUCCAAACUGAGCAUGUCUCGAGUCCUGACUAAUGAAACUUUUCUUGAAAGAGUGAUGGAUGAUUGGUUCGUAAGAGAGAAACUAUUGGGUUGUCUUUUUCGCGCGGAGUAGACUCUUUUGAUUCUUCGAUGAUAAGAAAGACGACGCACUUCUGGUUUCGGUUAAGGUUGGCCGACCCAGCAAGCAAUCUACAUGUCCUCCUCUCCCUCUUUUUCUUCCUCCCAACAUGCCCUCCCUCCCUCCAUCCCUCUGUGUCGUCUCCAAUCCCCCGUUGUCUCUCGCUGCUUCCGCCCCCGCCCUCGUUCUCGCCGAAGGCUCAAGAACCUCACCAACCUUCCCACUUCCAUCUCCACCAAAUCCUCCUCCGAUUCCGACAAGCUUCAAACUGUCAUCGACCUUAACCACCUGACUGCCCAAGCCUCCUCCUCUUUCCGCGCUCUUUUCCCUUCUUUCGAAUCCAAUCUCACCCAUUUCGUUUCGUCCGGUAUUGAAGCCUGUAGGGAUUUACAAACCUUAAUCAUCAUCGAUGAAAACCGUAGAGUUGUGCUUUCCUGUCGCCCUCCUACGCUGCAUUUCUUUGCCACUUCAGCGGUUCUCAGCUUCGUCUCGAUUUCUGUUUUGAGGGCUUUGAUCAAGUCAGUUUCUCGGUUUCGGCUUUGUGGUCGAAAUGCAUCUGGCUACGCUCCCUUGGUUCGGAGGGACCGGAGUCUUGGGGGAAAAGAGGUCAUUGUUGGCAGGAACAACUCUCCCUCGAGGGUCUCAGCGAAUCCGUUAUCGCCGCCUCUGGGGCCUCUGAUGGGCAGCAUUCCGAAGAGAGCUGCUAAGACUAGAGCACGGGUUGAAGGGAAAUUGCCCCGGUGGUGGCCAACUCUAGUAACGCGUGCCAUCUCGAUGGAGGACGAGCAGGAAUAUAAAAGGGAUGCAUACAGACUAGUUCGAGCAAUCAAGGAUAGUAGAAUGAGCGGAAAGGACAUCAUGGAGGACGAGAUAAUUCAAUUACGGCAAAUUUGCAGAACUUCUGGUGUGCAAGUAUCUAUUGACCCACCAAACAUACGGGAUUCCUUAUAUCGAGCAUCUGUUGAAUUUGUUUUGAAUGCUUGUGGCAGGGCACCAAGUAACUCUAACUCCAUUGAGAUUAAUGAUGAGGAUUCUCGGGAAUUUCUUGCUGGUUUUGCUGGAAACAUUGGGCUUGAAAAUAGUCGCGCUGCAACAAUUGUGUCUGCAGCUGUUGCUGCACGUACUCGCUCUUGUCUUCUGCAGGCCUGGGCUCUGGAAAUGCAAGGUAAACAUGAUGAAGCUAAGCUGGAACUGUCACAGAUAUGCCUUCUUCUGCGCAUAUUUCCUCCUGAGGAUUCCUCACCAGAAAUGGAGAUGGUAGCUCGGGGCUUGGAGAAACACUUGAAAUUAGAACAAAGAAAACACCUUAUGGAUAUUUUUGCAGAAGUUUGUGGUGAGGGAAGUCAUAAAACUGCAAGGGAAGCCCUUGGUUUGGUGCGGAUCUGUUUCUCUGUCUUUUCAACUCAAAUCACGAUAAAAGAUUUACGGUAGUAAUAACGGCAACUGAACUUAACAGCAGAAAGUGCUCUGAAGGAAUUUCCCUAGCUAUUGGUGUUAUCGGGAGGCACUUAAAUUGCUUAUUUAAAAUUAUCUUUCUUUUUGCCAAGCAUAUAUUUUGGGUUUUCUUUUAUUGUGAACUUUCCGUGUACACUGAACCAUACUCUGCAUGGUGUUAAGCUAAUGUUUUCUGUUAGCUCUUCUUCCUGAUUGGGAAUGUAAAAUCAUGCAUACAAUGCAAGCCACUUUUCCGGCUCAUGUUUGAUUUCUUUACUAAUUUCUGUCUGUUCUUUUCUUCUGUGCAGAUGCAUUUGCAAAAUUGCUGCAGCGAUCAUCAACUUGAAGACAGAAUUCUCUGAACUUGAAUAAAUAUAUUUGCUGCAAUUUGUAUUCUUUUAAAAAUAUGUAGUUCAUUCGAUUGUUUAGGUAGCUUAUUUGUUUGAUAGUAGCCUCAAUAAAGCUCAUAGGGUUCCCUUGGGAAGAAAUGGCUCUCAGUGGGAUAAUUUAAUCAUGUCACGUCAUUCGGAUGGGAUCUACAUUUAUCUCUAAUGAUUAAAAUAUAACAAGUAAUUUUCAUCCAAACAAAUUAUAAAACGUAA